AUGCUUUGUCAAAUAUUUCCUCUUUGUUCCGCGGUGGAGGAGAGGACGGUGGACCUAGAGGAGAAGAAGGCCGCGGCCGAGGAGAGGAAGGUGGUUGAGGAGAGGACACUCAAGUUUAUGCUUAUGGACAUAUCAACUCUUGAUGUCAAGGCAAAGGCAUAUGUUGAACUUUGUCGCUAUGAAAUGCUCACGAAGAAGCAAAUGCUCAUGAGGCAAAUGAUGAUGGGAGGAGGCAUGGGAGGUGCCAUGGGAGGAGGCAUGGGAGGUGCCAUGGGAGGAGGCAUGGGAGGAGACAUGGGAGGAGGCAUGCGAGGAGGCAUGGGAGGUGCCAUGGGUGGUUACAUGAACAUGAUUGGAGGUUCGAUGAAUGGUGCAUUUGGCGGAAACAUGGGAGGUGGCUUCAGUGGCAACAUGGAAGGUGGCUUUCGCGGCAUGGGAGGUAGCUUUGGCAGCAUGGGAGGUGGCUUGGCGAUAACAUGA